AUGGCGGAGCUCCUCCUGGGGGAGUCCAAGCUGGAGCAGUACCUGAAGGAGCGACCCCUGCGGCAGGGGGCCAGCCCCCGGGGACCCCGACCCCAGCUGACUGAGGUCCGCAAGCAUCUGACUGCCGCCCUGGACCGAGGGAACCUCAAGUCAGAAUUCCUACAGGAAUCCAACGUGCUCAUGGCCAAGGUGAACUACGUGGAAGGCGAGUACAAAGAGGCACUCAACAUCUACGCCCGGGUGGGCCUCGACGACUUGCCCCUGACCGCGGCCGCCCCCUACAGGUUGAGGAUGAUCGCCGAGGCCUAUGCUACCAAAGGACUUUGUUUAGAGAAGUUGCCUAUUUCCUCCUCCACCAGUAACCUCCACGUGGACCGGGAACAGGACGUCAUCACGUGUUACGAAAAAGCCGGGGACAUUGCCCUCCUGUAUCUCCAGGAGAUAGAAAGGGUAAUACUUACUAAUAUUCAGAACAGAAGCCCCAAGCCUGGCCCUGCUCCUCACGAUCAAGAACUAGGUUUUUUCCUAGAAACAGGACUCCAGAGAGCCCAUGUCCUCUAUUUCAAAAAUGGGAACCUGACCAGAGGCGUCGGACGGUUUAGAGAGAUCCUCAGAGCUGUCGAAACAAGGACGACUCAAAACNNNNACCAGACGAUCGCCAGGCAGCUGGCAGAGAUCUUGCUGCGGGGUAUGUGUGAGCAGAGCUACUGGAACCCCUUGGAGGACCCACCAGGCCAGUCGCCCCUGGACGACCCGCUCCGGAAAGGAGCAAACACGAAAACCUACACCCUGGCCCGAAGAGCACGCGUCUACUCAGGAGAGAACAUUUUUUGUCCUCAAGAAAAUACGGAGGAAGCCCUGUUGUUAUUGCUGAUUAGUGAAUCAAUGGCCAACCGGGACGCAGUCCUGAGCAGGAUUCCCGAGCACAGGAGUGACCGCCUCAUCAGCCUGCAGAGCGCAUCUGUGGUCUACGACUUGCUGACCAUCGCCCUGGGAAGAAGAGGCCAAUACGAGAUGCUGUCGGAGAGAUCGCCUUCUCUUGACCAGUCUGCUCGGGCCGUGAAGGUGCUGAAGGAGUGCAUCCGGCUGAAGCCCGACGAUGCCACCAUCCCACUCCUGGCCGCCAAGCUGUGCAUGGGCUCCCUUCACUGGCUGGAAGAGGCCGAAAGGUUUGCCAAAACGGUCGUCGACGUGGGAGAGAAAACGUCCGAGUUCAAGGCCAAAGGCUACUUAGCUCUGGGGCUCACGUACAGUCUGCAGGCCACUGAUGCUUCUCUACGAGGGACGCAGGAGGCCCUGCAGAGAAAGGCGCUUCUUGCAUUUCAGAGGGCCCACAACCUAUCGCCUACAGAUCACCAGGCCGCUUUCUACCUGGCUCUGCAGCUUGCCAUCUCCAGACAGAUUCCGGAGGCCCUGGGCUACGUCCGCCAGGCUCUUCAACUUCAGGGCGACGACGCCAACGCCCUGCACCUCCUGGCGCUCCUGCUGUCUGCACAGAAACAUCACCAGGACGCCCUGAGCAUCGUGGACAUGGCCCUCAGCGAAUACCCCGAGAACUUCAUACUACUGUUUUCCAAAGUGAAGCUGGAGUCGCUGUGCCGGGGCCCAGACGAGGCGCUGCUCACCUGUAAGCACAUGCUGCAGAUAUGGAAAUCCUGCUACAACCUCACCAACCCCAGAUUCCACCUCGCAGCCAUUGUACAGCCCGGCACACUGCUCUUGACUUCGGAAGGGGUUGACCAAGUGAGAGAUGGGUUCCCACCCCUCCAACUGCCCAGUGCAGACCUGAGGAACAGCCCGAGGAGGAGCCUUGGGGCUGGCCACACCCACCCACGCUGGUUAACUGAUGCAGCAGCAUCCGAUUCCUCCUCCUCCUCCUCCUCUUCUCUUCCAAGAACCGAGUCUCCUCUCCACCUGUUUGUGUCAUCUCAUCUCCACUCUCAUCCCAGACCCGAUACCUUUGUGUGGCCCCCUGCAGCUCACUCAGUCAGUGACCCAGGGCCCCGCCGGGAUCCCUCUCUCUGCAGCACUCCAGAAGCGUACUUUCAUGGUUUCCCCUCCCCUUUGUCAGUUAGCUCUCUCCACGCCACCUCCGUGGCGGCCUCUAGAGUGGAGCAGGCGCUGUCCGAGGUGGCCUCGUCCCUGCAGAGCAGCGCCCCCAAGCAGGGCCCACUGCACCCCUGGAUGACGCUGGCGCAGAUCUGGCUCCACGCAGCGGAAGUCUACAUCGGCAUCGGAAAGCCGGCGGAAGCCACAGCUUGCACCCAGGAAGCUGCCAACCUCUUCCCCAUGUCCCACAACGUCCUGUACAUGCGCGGCCAGGUGGCCGAGCUCCGCGGAAACAUCGACGAGGCCCGGCGGUGGUACGAAGAAGCCUUAUCCAUCAGCCCCACCCACGUCAAGAGCAUGCAGCGACUGGCGCUGAGCCUUCACCAGCUGGGCCGAUACAGCCUGGCAGAGAAGAUCCUACGGGACGCGGUCCAGGUGAACUCGACGGCCCACGAGGUCUGGAACGGGCUGGGCGAGGUCCUCCAGGCUCAGGGUAACAACACUGCGGCCACGGAGUGUUUCCUGACGGCCCUAGAGCUGGAGGCCAGCAGCCCCGCCGUGCCCUUCACCAUCAUCCCCCGGGUGCUCUGAGCCCAGCUCGGGGUGCCAGGGAUGUCCAGCUGCCCCCAGGGGUGACUGCCCCCCCGGGGGUGACUUGAGGGGCCACCGCUGUGGCCAGAGCCAAAGGUUCCGAUCGAUCGCCCACAAGGAACUAAGCACUAAGCAACCCAACCCCCAGGCAAUCAGCGCUCGCUCCACGUGCAUCUCUGCGUGUAGAAUCUCAGCCCCGUGAUAGUUCAAACCGACUGGCGUGAUUCAGAUCGGAUCAGGUACCAUAUUUUGUUAGCAGAGUUUUCAGUAAAAUGAUCAUGGAAUUAAUCAGCAACUGUAGAAGACUAUGUUCAAAGUUAACAUGCAGCGGCAGAACAGAUUAUUUUUAUCAAGAGCUGUAAAGAGAACUUCUCCCCAUCGCGGCUGCCCCGCCCCCUGGCCCAGAAACCAAUGUGAAUCUUCAUCUCCCACCUCGGUCAGUACCUGUCCGGACCAGGACGCCAGCUGACAAUUUCUUAGUUUUGUUGUUAUCAACAAUUGUACCCUGUGAUGAAUCCCCGCCCUCACUUAGAACAAAGUCCAAGAAUAUUUAUAUUUUGCCAAUAUAUGCCUGUUACCAGAGAAGGAACUAUGAGUUAUUUAAGUUUAACUUUUUUAUGUGAAUCCAGAGUUUAUUUAUCAAUGGAAAUAUGUACAAAGAAGCUUCAAAUGGAAUAUUUACCGACAUUCCUUAUACAUGACAGACACUUGGCUAAAUGGGAAGAUGAUGUUAAUAAUAAAAUGAUUUUUAAAUGGA